AUGGCGUCGCUGGGACUCAGCGACCGGGAGAAAGCCGGAUGUCGCGAUCUCUUGGAGUUUCUCGAGACGGAGGAGCUGAUCGCCCUGACGGACACCAUCACCAACCGACUUGUGCACCCGGAGUGUCGCCAAGAAGCCAUUCAUGCCAUUUUGGUUUACAGCCAAAGUGCUGAGGAACUUUUGAAACGCAGGAAAGUCCAUCGAGAAAUAAUUUUUAAAUAUUUAGCAACACAAGGAAUUCCAGUGCCUCCUUCUUCUGAGAAACAUCUACUUAUUGACCGUGUAAAGCAGUACUGGAGUAGGCAGCUGACAACAGGACCCUCAGAGACAGAGGAGAGAAAACCAAAGGCAAAGAGUCAUGGAGAAAGGGAAAAGUCACAUGAUAUUCAUGAUCUAGGAGAAGAAUUCUGUCAGUGGUUCUUUGAACUCCUCAAUUCUCAACAUCCUUUGGGAGUAAAAUCUGAAGAAACAUGGGGACCGCAGCAUUUUUGGGAGAAUGCCAAAAUGAAGUUCUGUUACAACACAUUAGAAAAAAAUAUGGAAGAAUAUGUUGGUGCAGAAAUAGUGAGCCUUCGUCUCCUCUCAUUGGUUAAAGAAGAAUAUCUUCUAUUCAACCCUAAUUUGCAUGCCAGUGGACUGAAAUGUGUCAUGUCUCAACAUGGAUUAGUACUGGUAGCAGUAGCUGGCACAGUACAUAGAAACAACAUUUGUUUGGGUAUCUUUGAACAAAUUUUUGGACUCAUUAGCUGUCCCUUUAGGGAGAAUACCUGGAAAAUAAAAGUUGUGAGUCUUGAAAUAGUUGGACAGAAUGCUCUGGAACCUGGGAUGCAAAUUGAAAAACCCUCCAUAAAAUACAAAUCAAGUCAACUGAAAGAGUUUUAUGAUGGGAAAGAACUGACUGUGUUUGAACCUCAGAAAUUCUGAGCAGUUUUCUCACAACUGGGUGAAAAGGGGAACUAGAGCACUUGUAGUGCACAGAUGAAUAUUGAAAUGGUUUCAGCCAUAUGAUGUCUCUUUUUUGAAUCAGAUUUGAUGGAUGACAAACUGAGAUACAGGGUAUUAAUACAGUUGAUGCUUAGGGGCACCUUUCCAAGAGCUAAGAAAUAUUUCAGAGUAUUGCUUUAGGUUUUAUACUAUACUUAGGAGUAGAGUUAGUUUGGUUAUUAUUGGUUGCAAUACAUAGUUAUGUUAAAAAAAUCUUUUUUCAGAAGUAUAUAAUGAACUGGAUCACUCUGAUUUCACAAACAGUAGGUUCCUUCAGUUUAAACUUUUAUGAGUUGUAACAAGAAGGUGUUGCAUCUGGCUUGUUGAGACUGGGACUGAUGAGUGUCUAAAUGGAUGUUUUAAGUCCCAAAAAUGAGUCUGCUGCUUCAGACGUUUUUGGAGAGAACAGGCAAAACAAUGUGAACGGUGACUGCUGUCAUCAGUGAACAAUAGAAGUUGUUUGAUGGGACAAUUCAGGAAAGUCACUGAAGUUGUUUUUUCCUUUGGGCUGAUAGCUUCCUUUCCUUAGGUUUCCAACUUUGUAAUGAAUACAGACAAACUCUCACAUUCUAUCUGUGUACCCAGGCAGACAAAUCUGAGAGGGUUAACCAGAUAUCCAUUUCCAGUACUGAUUCUCUUGGGUCAAGUAGUGGGUUUAAUGACUUACAACAACACUGUAUGAAC